CGAUGGGAUCUGAAGUGAAGAAGGAAAACAUGAUUCAAAACGACACACUAGUAAAUAAAUAUAAAAGUCUUUUUGCAGCAGGGGUUGUGUUAUUCUUAAAACCUUGGAUUAACUUUAAUAUUUUUCGCCCAUGGAGUAAAACUUUAAAAAUUGUAGACGAUUCCAGGUCGACCAUUCAAUCAUUUCUGAAAAAGAUAAUUGUCGCAAAACUCGAGAGUGAUUAUAAAAAUAAUACAACAAAAACUCAGAGCAUAACAUUUGUUGAUGUUGCAAUUGAGCAGUUCCGAAACCGUUUAUUUAAUUAUACAAAUGUCGUGGAAGAAUCAAAUACAAUCGUUUUUGGAGCGUUCGAGACAACCGCACUUACAAUGGUAUAUACUUUGAUGAAUUUAGCAAUGUUUCCCGAAUAUCAGGAGAAAGUCUUUGAGGAAAUUAAAUCGGUGUUUCCCAAUACUGGAGACUUUGAAGUCGCAUAUGAGGAUCUUCAAAAGCUAGAGUACUUGGGCAUGGUUAUCAAUGAAAGCAUGAGAUUGAUGCCAACAUUCCCAAUGACAGCCCGUAAAAUAUCUCAUGAUUUUAAACUCUCAAAUGGCAUUGUGUUACCAAAAGGUCUUGAAAUUGGCAUUAGUAUUAUCCACACACAUCGCAGUAAAGACAUCUGGGGGCCGGAUGCACAUAAAUAUAAUCCUGAUCAUUUUCUGCCAUCAAAUUUACGAGAUAAACAUCCAUAUGCCUUUUUGCCUUUUUUGAAAGGCAAACGAACUUGUAUAGAAAUGCCGGGACUGCAACUGGAGCGUCGAGUUUAA